AUGCCCACCCCUGCUUCCUGGUCCCUCCUGCCUCUGCCAUCCUUGCUGCUGGCUCUGCUACUGGGACUUAUAGGAGUAGGAGGUGAGGAGGAGCUGCAGGUGAUUCAGCCAGAGAAGUUAGUGUUGGUCACACUGAAAGAUUCAGCCACUCUGCGCUGCAUCAUGACCUCUCUGUUCUCCGUGGGUCCUGUGAAGUGGUUCAGAGGAAAAGGGCCAGGCCAGGAGUUAACCUACAACCACAAAGGAGGCCACUUCCCCCAAGUAACAAAUAUUUCAGAUACUACAUGGAGAAACAACAGGGACUUUUCCAUCCACAUCAAUAACAUCACCCCAGCAGACGCUGGUAUGUACUACUGUGUGAAAUUCCAGAGAGGAAGCCCUGAUGAUGUGGAGUUUAAGUCUGGACAAGGUACUUGGGUGUUUGUGUGUGGUAAGUCCAUACCCCUGAAAAUCCAGCCCUCUGUUCUAAGACAGUCACAAUCCCCAGGCCCCAGCCCAAGGUCUCCCAUUGUUAGCUCUUAUGUCAAGAUUGAGGAUAGAAGAUAG